AUGGACUCGGAAAGCUCGCAGGCGGGCUCGACAAGGCGACGAGGUUCGUCGCUCGUGCAACAGAUCAUCAACGAAGAGCGCAACGGCAUCCGGAGGGCCAGUCCAAGGAGAAUGCCUUCCGACAUUCCCGAAGCNCCCCAUGCCGAAUCACCACACAGCUACGAAGAGGAAGAGAACAAUCCCGUAUCGUCAGGUUCAGACUGGGAGAUGGACGACAUUCGAUCUGAUGAGGGUCUCGAAGACGACGAAGAGACGGGCUUGACGGUUCAGGACCGUCAAAAGAGAACAAGACGCAAGAGACGGAAUACCCUGGCAGAUGCGCGAGUCGUUCCCGACGGCGACAUGUCCAAGGAGGAAGAGCGCCUGGCUACUGAAAGCUUUAUGCGCGAUGCAAUCAUAAACAGCAUAUUGAUAGGAUUGUGGUACACCUUCUCAAUAUCCAUCUCUGUUGUAAGCCACACACUCUGCCCAUGCUCAAUACUCGAUACUUACCUACUCCUANNGUACAACAAAUGGAUGUUCUCAAAAGGCAACCUUGACUUCCACUUCCCUCUUUUCACCACCUGCGUACACAUGCUCGUACAAUUUCUCCUUUCCUCACUCGUUCUAUACUUCAUUCCCAAUCUACGACCGAAACACAAACCGGCAGAGUACGCGCCGAUCGCACAAUCAGCAGACGGAGAUACGCUUGAAGCACCGCGCAAGCCGCUCAUGACUGGCUGGUUCUACCUGACCCGCAUCGGCCCUUGCGGUGCAGCUACUGGUCUGGACAUUGGCCUCGGAAACAUGUCACUCAAGUUCAUUACCUUGACCUUCUAUACCAUGUGCAAAUCAUCCGUGCUGGGCUUUGUACUCGUUUUCGCCUUACUCUUCCGUCUGGAGAAGCCUUCGCUAAAGGUUGGCGCUAUCAUCCUCACCAUGAUGGUUGGAGUCCUCAUGAUGGUAGCGGGAGAGACGGCUUUCAACAUAUUAGGGUUCAUACUGGUUAUGAGCGCAGCAUUCUUCUCUGGUUUCCGCUGGAGUUUGACGCAAAUCCUACUUCUUCGCAGCCCGGCCACAAGCAACCCAUUCUCAUCUAUCUUNUUCCUGGCACCCGUCAUGUUUGCAGUACUGCUGGUCAUCGCAUUGCCCGUAGAGGGUCCCAUCGAGCUCGCCGGAGGGUUACGCAACCUAUCAGAGUCCAGAGGUAUUGCUGGUUCAAUCGGGAUUAUUCUGUUCCCUGGCGUACUGGCCUUCUUGAUGACAGCGUCCGAGUUCGCUCUUCUAAAGCGCACCAGCGCAGUGACAUUGAGUGUAUGUGGCAUCUUCAAAGAAGUGUUGACUAUCUCAGUUGCUGGGCUCAUCUUUGGCGACCCACUCACACCUGUCAACAUCUCUGGGCUGUGCGUGACUAUCGCCAGUAUUGCAGCGUACAACUACAUGAAGAUGCGAACAAUGAGAGACGAUUCGAAGAGAGAGGCGCACGAGCAAAUUGUGGCUGCAGAGUCGAGGCGUUCUAUUGAAGAGAGCAAUGGCAAGAUCAGCAAAGAGCAUACAAGGAAGGCAAGCACAGCAGGAGGUUUGAUCAGAAACAGUCUCAGUCUCAAUAUCGCUCCAUUGCUGGAGCAGAACACGAAAGACAGGGCCAGCCCUGUCAAGAGGCCCGAAGACCUCGACUAG